GAAGCACCGCGAAGCAGCACCCGGCACCGACCAGAAUCUCCCCUUUUUUCCCUCAAACCCCCUCCCGCUCCCUCCGGCAUCCCUCCGGCCGCUGCCUCCCGGGGAAGGAGCACCCCGGGGCCGCGGCUCGUAGCCCCCUUCCCGCAGCCUAGCGGGGCGGAGCCGCGUCCCUCCUGUCCCCCCCCGCCUGUCCCCGUCCCCCCGCCGCGUCCCGCCCGGUCCCGCCCCCCGACAUGCGGGGGGCGCCGCCGCCGCCACCUCCAAACUUUCCGCCGUGCCCCAGCGCCAGCCAGGAGAGAAGCGCCGCGGGACAGCUCUAUUGCUUAGACCAGGCUGCUGCAAGAAUGGGGCCCCUGGAAGCAAUAGGUGAAGAAAACCAGACAGAUGAAAUGAAGAUGGAGCUGUUCACCAAGCUGUACCUGCCGAGAUACACCACGCCACUCAACGAGCUGGCUCUCGACCCUAAACCCGAACUGAAGGACAGCACGACGCUAGUCGAAGUGCAGAUAAUCCUCAUCUUUGCUUACUGUUCCAUCAUCCUGCUGGGGGUGAUCGGAAACUCCCUUGUGAUCCACGUGAUCAUCAAGUUCAAAAGCAUGCGCACAGUGACUAACUUCUUCAUUGCCAACCUGGCCGUGGCUGAUCUGCUGGUGAAUACACUGUGCCUGCCCUUCACUUUAGUUUACACACUGUUGGGCGAAUGGAAACUGGGCCCAGUCUUGUGCCACCUGGUGCCUUAUGCCCAGGCUCUUGCUGUGCACGUGUCGACUGUUACAUUGACCGUGAUCGCUUUGGAUCGGCAUCGCUGCAUCGUCUACCACUUGGAAAGCAAAAUCUCUAAGCGGAUCAGCUUCUUGAUCAUAGGAGUUGCCUGGGCAGUCAGUGCCCUGUUGGCAAGUCCUCUGGCCAUCUUCCGUGAAUACUCACUGAUUGAGAUCAUUCCUGACUUCAAGAUUGUGGUCUGCUCUGAGAAGUGGCCAGGGGAGGGACAGCUUAACUACGGCACCAUCUACAGCAUCUCCAUGCUUCUGAUCCAGUAUGUGCUGCCUCUGGCGGUCAUCUCCUACGCCUACACCCGUAUUUGGACCAAGCUCAAGAACCACGUUAGUCCAGGGGCUGGGAACGACCACUACCACCAGCGGCGGCAGAAAACCACCAAGAUGCUGGUGUGUGUGGUUGUGGUGUUCGCUGUCAGCUGGCUGCCCUUUCACACCUUCCAGCUGGUCAGUGAUAUUGACAGUCAGGUGCUAGACCUGAAAGAGUACAAACUGAUCUACACAGUGUUUCACGUCAUUGCCAUGUGCUCAACAUUUGCUAACCCCCUUCUCUAUGGCUGGAUGAAUAACAACUACAGGACGGCCUUCCUCACAGCCUUUCAGUGCGAGCAGCGGCUGGACUCCAUCCACCCUGAAGUAUCAGCAGCUUUCAAAGCUAGGAAGAAACUGGAAGCAAAGAGGAGUCAGUUCCCUGGAGACUCUUUCACACAACCUACCAAUGUUUAAGAUUUCUGACUUUAGAGAAGAAAUGCAUAUGUUGUGGACAAAGGAAUUAAAUCCAUUUUGACACAUGCAUUUUUAAUGCAUAGUUUUACUCAUAAAUGGUGAAAGAAGAGUAGCAGGGAGGUCAAGGCAGGUGGUGUGAUUUGAGGGAAGAUUAGAUUGUCACCACAAGGAUGUGACUAUACAACUGAGGAAAUAAAAGGGAGAGACUUCAUUUAUGGCUGUCUCAUGCUAAGAGACACUCCCAUCCCUCCCAUCUCUUCACAACAAAUCUAAAUGACAAAAGCAGAUUUUGCUGCUUUUGCUGUAGGGAGGCAAACAGCUGAUUUCUAGCUCAGAAAUACUAUGGGAGCAGGCAACUUGUAUAUUGCAUGUGGAGACUGGGGAGAAUAGAAAUCUGUUGGGAAAAUGAAACCUGUCUGGGGAGAAUGGGCUCUGCUGGUUAAAGAUCAAGGUUUUCAGACCCCUUUUCUCCCACAGGAACCUUUUGCAAAAUAAGGGAAUUAGGAUGAGAAAUGUAUUACUGUUUUUGACUUGUACUGAAGCACUUCAAACGAAAGCAUUCAAAAUGGAUUAGAGGAAAAAAAAAGCAAAAAUGAAAAAAUACCAGUUUUGGUGUGAAGAAAGGAAAAGGUGGGUUUCGGCCGAUCAAAUGGGGUAGAAAGUCAUUCCUUAAGAAUUGGCUGUGGUUAUUCUGGUGACAGAACUGCAAGCCUGUGACCUGAUGGCUCAUUUCCUGCAGGUCCCUACCUUUCAUUCCGCAUUUGGAAGAGCUCAUAAACGCAAAGCUGUAAAAUGGUAUUGGAAGGCAGGAGAUGCAGGCUCAGGUCUUCUGUGAACACUUCAUAAACUGCCAAUAUUUUAAUUUUCAAGACCUGCUUAAAUGCCUAACGUGUUAUUAACUCUGCAGUCUUUGAAUUUUUGCUGCUUUCUCCCUGCAUAAUAAAACAGCAGAUAAUUUUGAUCCUCUGGAAAGGCUGCUAGAUGGUCAUAUGCUUUUCCUUAUUGUGGUUUUAUGUCACACACUCAUCUCAUCUUGGAGCUUUUUCCAUCUUUAGCUUUUGUAAAAAUUAAAACAUCUGAAUGAGUGUAACCUAAUAACAGUAUGCUAGGUUUAUGUGAUAACUUAUCAGUUAUUCUGCAUGCUGUAGUUAAUAGUUAAAUUCCUUUUUUGCUCAGGUAUAAAAUUUUAAUCUGUUUACUGUGUUGUACACAGCAAUGUUCAACUCUUCCGUGUCUUUGCUUAGCCUCUUUGAACUCAUUAAAGAGAUGAAGAAAAUUUCAAUUGGUGUUUAUUCCAAGCUGCCCUGUUGCUUAUCAAGAAUAAAAAUAAACGUGAUACUUUCA